AUGGUCUCCAAGACCCGCAAGCAGCGCCAGAAGAAGAAGGCCACUAUGCAGGCCAACGGCGGCGUUCUCCCCCUGGUGGUGCCAAGCGUGCCCAAGUCGGUGCACCUGAAGAAGACACGGCCCAGCAUGAAGGGCAAGAUGAAGAUCCGGCUCGGGCUUGAGUCCCCUAUUGACAUCUACAACGGCUUCGAUGAACGCAAAGGUGUGUUGUGGCGGUGCCCCAGCUGCGGGAAGGAGUGCCGCGUAGUGGGCUUCUGUGUCGACUGCGCUUCCGGCGUGAAGUCAAAGACGCAUACAGGCCAGCUGAUGAGGCGGGCGAGCACGAAGAAGGACUCUGUGCAGACGAGGGCGCCAAAGCUGCGCAUCAAGGCAAAGAGUAAGACGAUGAAGCUGAAGGGUAAACGGUAG